AUGGCGAUGAGCUUCAUGACAGGAAAAGGUCUAUCAACCACCCAGUUGUUGAACUUGGUGGUGAAUACACUGUAUGAUAAAUUUGUUGAGAAGGAUAUCAAAGGAUUUGAUGGAUUCAAUGUUGGUAUUCUUGAUACCUUCAACACUAUCAACAUGGCCUUACCCGGCAAGCAUUUUGUUGCACCUUCAUAUAAGGAUGUAAAGGAAUUGUUCGAACAAUGGAAAGAAAUUGAUACAGAAGAGAAGAGAAAGAAGUUCAUUAAGUUCAUCAUCGAGAAAGUGAAUAUAAACAAAGUAGACGAGUCUAUGUUAAUCACCGCAAUAAUGGCACCACCAGCAGCCAUGAUGGCUAAAAAAACAGGACAAAUAGUGCCUCAACUUGCACUCAUGAAUGCAAUACCUGAUGUUGUAUUUGUGCCCUCAGCUACAAUUUUGGCUCUAAUUGCUGUCAAGAUCAUAAGAUUAACCUUCAUUAGAAAGACAACAUCCAAGGAUACAGUCUCGUAUAUUACUGAGAUAGAGGAAAAACCUCAAAUUAAAACUAAACAACAACCUCAAAUUCCAACUACACCUGAAACUGAAGUAGAAGAGCCUCAAACUGAACAACAACCUCAAACUCCAACUACACCUAAAACUGAAGUAGAAGAACCUCAAACUGAACAACAACCUCAAACUCCAACUGCACCUGAAACUGAAGUAGAAGAACCUCAAACUGAACAGCCUCAAACUCCAACUACAUCUGAAACUAAAGUAGAAGAACAUGAAAUUGAAUCUGAACAAGAAUCUCAAACUCCAACUAGACCUAAAAUUGAAAGUAUACAAGAACCUCUAACUAUAACUACAUUUGAAACUAAAAUAGAAGAAGAGUCUCAAACUACAGCUACACCUGAAACUUUGAAAGAAGAACCUCAAAGUGGAACUGAAAUAAAAAAGGAACUUCAAUCUCAAACUACAAAUGUGCCAGAAACUGCAAUACAAGGACCUCAAAUUCCAAUCCAACAAAAACCACACUUUAUAACUGGUCAUGUCCACAAAGACAACACCACUUGUUUCUUAUGUAAUGAAUACCACAUUUAUUGA